ACUGGAGUGGGGCCGCCGCCGCUCUUUCCCGCAUCUUCCUCUCGAUGGUUCUAUCUAGGCCCAGUGUCGGAGGAGGAAGCGGGUGGCUGGUUCCCAAGAUGGCGGCGGUAGUGGCUGUUGCUGGGCUCUCUGUGGGGGCGGCCGCCGCUGCCGCCGGAUCGCUCUCCAGCUCAGAGGCCAGUUCGUCCAGUGCUCCUGAAGAGGAAUUGCUUCCCCUGGACCCGACCGAGGUGAGAAGUCGUCUGGAGAGGAGCGCCCGGCAGUUCCGUAACCGGCGCAAGGUGCUCAUUCGGGGGCUGCCCGCAGACAUCGCCAACCAGGAAGUCCAUGAUCUGCUGAGUGACUACGAGCUUAAGUACUGUUUUGUGGACAAAUACAAGGGGACUGCUUUCGUCACCGUGUUGAAUGGGGAACAGGCAGAAUCGGCCAUUAAACAAUUGCACCUGAGCAAGCUCCGAGACAAGGAAAUCACAGUGCAGUUACAACCCACAGAUGCCCUCCUGUGCAUUGCCAACCUGCCCCAGCUUUACACACAGCAGCAAUUUGAGGACCUGGUUCGGCCCUUUGGGAAUCUGGAGCGCUGCUUCUUGGUGUACAGUGAGAACACAGGACACUCCAAAGGCUAUGGCUUUGUGGAGUACAUGAAAAAGGAUUCAGCAGCCAGGGCAAAAUCUGAUCUGCUGGGCAAACAGCUGGGAACACGGACUCUGUAUGUUCACUGGACAGAUGUCAACCAGUUGACGGUAGACCUUAUUCAUUCAAAGUGCUUAUGUGUAGAUAAACUGCCGCACAGUUACAGUGAUGUAGAAGAACUGAGUCAGGCCUUCUCUGCCAUUUAUCCUCCGACAUUUUGUCAGUUGGCGUGUGGUCAGGAUGGCCAGCUGAAGGGAUUUGCCGUCCUGGAGUACGAGUCGGCCGAGAUAGCUGAGAUGGUCCAGCAGGCCACCAAUGGCUUGCUACUUGCUGGGAACCACAUCAGAGUCUCCUUCUGUGCUCCAGGCCCUCCUGGGCGAAGCAUGUUAGCUGCUUUGAUAGCUGCUCAAGCAACAGCACUUAAUCGUGGGAAAGGGCUUCUUCCUGAGCCCAACCUUCUUCAGAUUCUUAACAGCUUAGGAAAUACUUCAUCAAUUCAGCUCCUACUCAACCCCCUUCUUCAUGGAGCCAUUGGAGGAAAGCAAGGAAUCCUGGGAGCUCCUCCAUCAGUGCCUCUCCUAACAAACCCAGCCCUGUCCACAGCUCUCCUUCAGCUAGCACUCCAGAAUCAAACACAAGCACAACAGAAGGCAUUGCUUGGAAACUUGCUCUUAGUCCAAAACCAGGUCUGGACACAGCUCCUGCAGAACAAGGAAAACCAGGCCAUAUUCCAUAAACCAGGGAUCCUGGGAGAGUCUCCGCUCGGUUCCUUGCAACAUGGAGUUCUGGGGAUGCCAAAUACUUCCGCUUCUCAGGCUGGAAAUCAGCUACUGGGUGAGAUGUCCUCAGGUGGCUCUCUGCCUACUGACAUGGCUCCAGGGCCUGUCAAGUCACCAAUCUUGCCCUCAGGGAGCCAGUCCCUGCCAUCCUUUCUGGGACCGUUGGGGAUGGAGAGGGAAGGUUCUGUGAUGGGAGCCCAGAUGCCACAGCUGACCCCACCUGGCCUGCAAGGUCUCACCACUUCCAUCCUGGGAUCUGUGAUCAGUGGGCUUCAGAAGCCAAAGCAGACAGAUAAUGGACCUCCCUCAUAUGGGGUAUCUCUGCUCGGAGAACCACCAAAAGACUUCAAGAUUCCACUCAAUCCAUACCUAAACCUGCAAAGUCUUCUCCCCACAAGUAAACUUGGAGGUGGAGCCAACAAAGCAUUCAACCUGAAGACUGGAGUACUUGGCAAUGUCUCCAAUCCCAGAAUUCCACAGGCCUCCAUGACUGACCCCGUGCUGCCCUCUCCUGGGUUGGCAGGAGACAAUUGUGCAUUUGACUAUCAGCCAGAUUUGGAAUCGCGAAUGUAUCCCCAGGCCAGAGAGACGGGGCCCCAGCUAGGUGGAUUUCCACCCAAGAAACAGAAGCUGUCAUCGCCUGGGUUUGAGCGGAACAAUCUGGGCCCCCCUUUGCCUCCUUUCUAUUCAGGAUCCCCAACCUCCUAUUUCACCAGUGGCCUUCAAGCUGGACUCAGGCAAAGCCACCUGAACAAAGCUGUUGGCAUGCCACCAAUGGGUACAGGAGACAGUAUCCUGGGACUAGGACCAACUAGUCACUCACAUGGUACCCACUCAAAGACUCCAGUUGGUGGCCAGAAGCGGGCCUUUUCCCACCUGCUCCCAUCACCAGAACCUAGCCCAGAAGGCAGUUAUGUUGGUCAGCACUCUCAGGGCUUGGGAGGGCACUACGCAGACUCAUACCUGAAGCGAAAGAGGAUAUUUUAAUCAAUUUGCUACUGAAGUGCUUCUACUUCUUCUCGCACCCACCCAUCCCAUUUCAAAUGUGUACAUUUUGUAAAAAUGUUUCGUGUUUUUGCUUUAGAUUUUUUUAAAGUCUGUGUGUAAAGGACUUGGCUUGUGAGUUUGGGGUCAGAUACAAGCACAUGCUUGAUCUUCAAGUGAGCACCAUUAACUCUGGAUGGACCAUUAGUGCUUUUCUGGAGUAAGUGGCCCUUUUUCUAGAUGAAGGCUAUUUGGGCAAUCAUGGGAAAUGUCUUCAAGCUGCAGGCAACCCCUGCAGCCCAUCAGUCGGCUGGACCAAAAUGAUUCUGAAUGCAUCCUUCCUCCUUGGCUCCUCCUGAUUCUGAUUGCAGUACUCAGGACUCAUGUAUCCUCCCUGCAUAAUCUUGUUGAGUAAUAAGGGCCUGGCCUUCUAAAGAGCUACAAGUUCCCUGCCUUAAACAGUUUCUAGCAAAGGAAUGUACGUGGAUGCUCUAGGUGCCUCUGGAUGCUACAGUGUGAUGGAGAGAACUAUUAAGAGGAAGGGUUUCACAUUGGGGCAACAGGGUCCUCCUGGUCAGCUGCAGUUCUCUACACUACCCUGCUCCUGGGAUCCUCAGGCUGAAUUUAAUGUGUCUGCCUCCUCACAGUUUUUAUCUUGUUUUUUAAUCUUAAACUUUGUUUUACUUUGGUCAUGAUAAAUGUGUAAACUACCUUUUUAAAAGUUUCAUGCUUUUAGUUUCGUUUUUAAAUAGUUUAGGAGUAUGUGAACUUCAAUAAUUUUUGUUUUUAAAAAAGCACCUGCCCUCUGAUGUGUGUGGUGUGUAAUUUUAUUUUUUGGUGAUGGGGGUGAGGGGACUAGACUAACUUCUUCUUCGGGUGCAAAUGAUAUUUUCCCCCUGAGUGAGUGUUGUUGUUUUUUAAUUUGACAACUGUCUUAAAUGCUGAGCCUGCAGCCUAAAUUGCCUUCAGGCCAAAUUUCUGUGGCUGCGACAAUCUUUGGGCACUACUUUCUAGGGUGACUCAAAAUUUUGUGUAAAAGUUUUGCAACUUGGUGGCAACAGGGGUCAGCAUCUAGCUUUUUGCAAGCAUGCAGCUUUGAAGCUGUACCAGCACUUGAUCGAACAUGUUAAAGCUGGUUCCACUGGACUGGCAGUUUUGACCCCCAAUCCUAACUUAAUGGAUUGUGAAUGUUUCUCCUUAUGCUGAGUUGAGGGUGGAUAGGAGGAAAGUGCAACCUCCUCUCACCAGGGAAGUUCCCAGACCUAACCUCCUCCAGAGGUGAAUGGGUAAACAUCUAAGCUGGUUUAAGCAGCCAGGGUUCAGAUUGGGAGGUGUUUUUCCCAUCAUACAUUCUCAGCAGCAAAGACCAGUGUGGGGUUUCUUUUGAGAUGGAGUGUGGGUCUGUGGCCGCCUUCCUGGAGGAUUUAUAGUUCUACCUAGAUAGGAUACAUUCUUUUCUGUUUUAUAAACAUGCUAUGAUGGUUUCUACUGUAGAUACUGGCUGGUUUGCUGUAUUUGUUGUGGGGUUUGAAAUCCCUUGACAGCUGGAUACCAACUUUCCAAAGUAAAGCUAUAUUUAUAUCAAGCCUUA